AUGAAAUAUAUGAGAAUGUUGACUUUAUAUAGGCCUGUAUUGGCUACUACGGUCCUUAGACCUUCUAUUGUUAGACUACCUAUAAGAGCGUAUCAUAAUGCAGAGUAUAAUGGUGGCGGUCUGAUGGGAAUUGACAAUUUCCCUGUACAACCACCUACAAAAGGAUUCGAUCAUCCUUUUAGUCAAUUAGAAUUCUCUCACCUCAAUAAUCCUCGCGCAAUUGUCAAACACUUGAAUGAAUAUGUCAUUGGUCAAGAAAGAGCUAAAAAGAUACUUGCUGUUGCCAUCUUUAACCAUUAUAACCGAGUACGAGCCAACAUGAAGAGACAAUACUUGCAACAACAAAAACAUGACUCAGUAGAAGGCGAUAGUCCUAUCGAACAUCAUCAUCCGUCAGUACCUCAUGAUAACUAUUAUGCCGUCAACCAUCUUCCUCUUCAAAGCAAUAACAACAACAACAAUAAUAAUAAUAAUAACACUAAUAACAGCAGCGAGUUGAGUGGUCCAAUCUCGAGUACUGGCUAUAGCAAUGGCUCACAAAGGCGUGCUUGGCUCAAUCCUCCAACAGAAGGCCAUUCGAAUAUGGAUAGUAAGCAUACAUAUCAUGAUGAAAGUGAAUUAGGGUCCAUACUUGAACUUAAUGAUCAAGACACAACAGUUCAUGAUAAAAGCAAUGUUUUAUUAAUUGGCCCAACAGGCUCAGGCAAGACACUGUUGGCAAGAACGCUGGCCCAGAUAUUACAGGUUCCCUUUUCCAUGUCCGAUGCCACGCCAUUUACACAAGCAGGCUAUGUAGGAGAGGAUGUUGAACUGGUCAUUCAGCGCUUAUUACAGGCCUGUGACUUUGACGUAAAAAAAGCAGAAACGGGUAUAGUAUUCAUUGAUGAAAUUGACAAGAUAUCCAGAAGAUCAGAUGCCCAUACUGCAUCAAGAGAUGUGUCGGGUGAAGGCGUUCAACAGUCAUUAUUAAGAAUGCUAGAGGGUACCAUUGUCAAUGUAACAGAUAAAUCAGGAGCUGGUCAUCAUAAGCGUGGUUCUCCUACGGGUGGUAAUGGAGCAGGCGGAUCUAGCAAAGGAGAAACAUACUCUGUUGAUACGAGCAAUAUUUUAUUUAUCCUUAGUGGUGCGUUCAUUGGUUUGGACAAAAUCAUUAGUGAACGAGUGGCCAAAGGAUCUAUUGGCUUUGGUGCCCAUUUGAAAUCAGAAAAUGAAAGCACAAAGGAUACAUUACAUGCGGUGGAGCCUGCUGAUUUAAUCAAGUAUGGAUUUAUACCUGAAUUUGUGGGUAGAAUACCUGUAGUAGCCUCAGUCAACAAUUUAGAAGUCCAUGACCUUGUUCGAGUACUAAAGGAGCCCAAAAAUUCAUUAUUAAAACAAUACGAAGGCUUGUUUAAGUUGAACAAUGUCCAAUUGAGGUUCAGCCAAAACGCAUUGAGGUCAGUAGCUGCUCAAGCACUUGAAAAGAAGACAGGUGCUCGUGGUCUACGACGCAUUAUGGAAAACAUCUUGUUGGAACCAAUGUAUGAUACACCUGGAUCUUGUAUAAAGCAAGUUAUUAUUGAUAGCAAAGUGGUGAAUAAGGAAAAGUCACCUAUAUAUAUCACAACAGAAAAGUCACCAUUAGCUGACAAGAUUGUAGCAGAGGACGAUGGUAUUGAUUUGACAGAAGAUGAUACCCAACAGCAAAUGACGCAAAUCUAA